AUGAGUGCCGCAAUUGCGAUGGCGCCAUCUCCAGCUCCCCACGAGAGGCCGCCCUUUUCUGCAGCCGAUGUAGUGGCCUCGGAAGCAUCCGGGAGCACCAAAGCCGCUGGUCCAACAUCUCCCUCCCACAGAACACCCGCAGCUGCAUCGGUGUCUAACAGCAAGAGUACGAGCGCUGGCCCUCAGAAAAACAGUGAUAGAAGUAGCCCCAAAGGAACUGGAGCAUCCUCAGGCGUCAAGUCGUCGCCAAAUGGCUCUAAUCGUAGUGAAAAAGGCCGACCCAAGGUCACGGUGAAAAAGGAACCCGGAUCUCCAACAAUUCCAAAUAUGAAACCUCGACCGCGGCGGUUGGACUUGUCCAAAAACACCCUUUCAACACCCAACAACCCGGCCUCCGCAGUGCCCAUGUCGGCCCGUGACAGCUUGGGUAUCCAGGAAGUUGGCAUCGCCUGCUUAUCACCUGGAUUCGUGACACAGGACCCAGUUAUGAAGGAGCAGCUGCAAAGAAGCAUGUCUGUGAGGGAACAGCAGCGUAGCAUUAUUGAACAAAGGCUACAGCAAUCUGCAAAGGGAGACGGCCCUAGCGACAAAGACAAAGAUGCGCUUUCACACUUUGCCGCCAAGACACCUGGCAUGUCUCGCAGAGGCAAAGCGCCUCCUGGACUCUCCAUCGUAGCGCCAUCUCACGAGCACUUUGCCAACGAGCGAGUAAUUCAGUCGGCACCGCUUGGUCGCAGCUUCACCGGCUCUCAACAUCCCGCGUCCAUGUCACGCCACGUGGCUAACCACCCUUCACAUCUGUCCAGCAGCUCACAUAUUCACCAUGUUCCUGCAAAUCAGACGAAUAACCGCUUGCCCCCUAUCAGCGACGUCUUCGGACACAGUGCUACUGCCCACCCAGACAAUGCGCCGCCAGCUUUCCAACGAGGUGCGCCUCUGGCUUCCCCAAGUCUGCAUUCAGCACACCAACAACCACCGUCAUCGAGCCGCCCAAGAGAAUACAAGUCUGCCGAAGAGGCACAACACGAACUUGCCGGAGGAAGGCCUGAGUUGCUCCCUAAGAUUAUCCAUUAUGGCGGCCACCAACCCCCCACUCCUCCGUCUCCUUCUGCGGGAAAUCGACAAACUGAUGGAAGCCGAACUUCUACCAGACGCCGCACCAGAGCCGAGUAUGAGGAUGGCGCAACUCCGCCUCUGGGCUACGGACCAUCUGCAACGAAGCGUGGCCCGUUUGGUGAAGGCAGAGACAGCCCUGAAACACAGCGCGCAAAGAAGGACGAAUUUCUUCGCCUUUGCUCUAGGGCGUGGGACUUAUUUCACUCAUAA